CGUAACCGAUCCCAUUCUGAAGGUGUGUUUGGAUCGCGUUCAUGUCUGUCCAGCAUGUUUUUUUUUCCCUUUCUCUUUUGAUGCUGGACACUGUGUCGCCUGUAUUUCUUUGCUCCGUACAAUAACAUUAAGUGUUACACGUGUUUUUAAUUAAGAAAUCAAGGGACUCGACGCAUUUGAGCCGGUCCCCUGUGGAAUAAUCGCUCAGACGCUUGAGGACAUCAUGACUUUCACUCGGGAAUUUUUUACAUUCUUAACAAGCACCACCGUGAUAAUGGUUUUGCAUUGUAAUGCAGCGCGCCUUCCUCAGCCCACAAAUUUGUCAUAUGAGUGGCUCGACCCGUUUACUGUUAACGUGUCCUGGUGGAAGCCCAGCAAUCUGCCACAGAACUGUGAAAUCAAAUAUAAACAUUUUCUGGUGAAGAACGGAUCACACAAAGAACACAAUUUAAAGCGCACAAUUUGGAGGAAUUUCACAGAGAAUUGUCUCACGGAAGAAAUGGACACUGAUCAAUGGACGUACAGCAUUCAAACCUAUGUUGAGGACACCUGUAAAGGUUGGAAUAGCAGCAAACCUGUGUACAUAACCAUUGACAGCCCAAAGCCACGAGCCGUAGUUGUGAACGACUUCAAGUGUAUCAUUCACCCCAAAUCAAUGGACUGUUCCUGGAUCCCAGUAGACCCGUCUCUUGCUCUGAUGCUCUCCUUCAGGGAUUAUGGAUCUACUGCAGAGCUCAUUAAAGCAGGGUUGAAAGAGUGUGACAAGUAUUACAGCGCUGGAAAAAGGAAUGGGUGUCACCUGAACACAACAGAUGACAUCUGCUUUCUUGCGAACACCAGCAUCGGACAGAGCACCUUUAAACUAUCAUCAUUUGAAAUACCUACACCAAAGCUGAACAUCAGGGAAGACAAAGAUCACCUCAUCCUGAACUGGGCAGCUCCAGAGGUUGGAACAGGUUGUAAAUGGAUAUACGAGUUGUGCUAUACACAGUGCGAUCAGUCCAAAAAGUGCCAGAACUACUCUUGGGAAAAGACGGAUAAUAUGGAGAAUGUGCCGCCUUAUCCCAUUGUCUACAACGAAAACUGCCGUUACGAGUUCAAAUACAGAGUUGUGGGUGGAUCUAAUUGCAUAGAAGUAGCCAGCGAGUGGAGUGACGUUCAGACAUAUGGUACUAAUAAGGUGUCCUCCUGGACCGUGGUUGCCAUUGUCAUCCCCAUCAUUCUGUGUGUCUGCGUCGUCCUGUCCUGCUACUGCUUCAGGAAGCACAGUGACAUAAUUUGCCCCAUCAUACCUGACCCUUCAACAAUAUUCAAGGAAAUGAUAAACGGAAACAGAGACCCUAGGUGCAUGCCAGGAAAUCUGUACACACCGGCGGAAGAAUCCUUUGAAACCUGCAAUAUUCUCCUGCAGAAAUCUUGACAGGGACGUGUGCACAGCCGGCAGUACAGCUGGACUUCCACUCUGGGUGAAUUCAUCAGCAACAUUUUGAGAGUAACUUGACACCAGGAUGAAAAGCUCUGUUUCGCUGACCUCUUCUGGUUGAAAGCUUCAUGUCUGUUGCACGUCUGACACGUUGGGUAAGAAGUGCUCUCGGUUGUAUCUCUACUCCACUGACCUGUGAGUACAGUCCUGUAUCACUGCUGCCAGAUGAGAACUACAACUACUAGAGGGCAGCAAAUAUAAGAUUUUCAACUGCUAUUAAGUUACUCUGUUAUGGAUAGUGCGGAUGUGUGCUACUGGAGCGACGUCAUCGGCAGGAUACACAAACGCACUGAAUCCUUGGAGCUAUUUAAAAAAAAAUGCUUGUGCAGCCAUGGACCUGGAACUGCAAACAGGAUGACAGAGUGUGUCACGCCUGCAUUCUGCUGACAUCCUCCUGCUGAGCACCGAGGAGGAAGAUAAGGAUGGGGUCGGCCUGCGUGUUUGGUUGGAUAGAGUGGCGGACUGCGAGUGUGCCUGCAUUUACUGUGCGCUGUCCUACCAGUGCAAGGAGCCUGUGUAUCCCUGGAGGUCCUCUGCACAAAAUCUGAGAGAUCACAAGGGAAUGACAGGCAAAUGGCAGUAUGACUGCCAUCAUGGCUGCUAGACAAUAGGCAGGAAGCAAUAACCGAAGUGGUGGGAAAGAACUUACUUCUUUCCUUUGAGAGUGAUCUCAAGACUGUACUGUAAUGUAUCAGCUUCCAAAUGGGGAAAGAAGUUUGUUUUGUCUUAGCAUGGAUACAAACACUGUUUUAAAAGGACCUUAUAAGGACAUGAGGGUGUGAGUACAUGGCAUAUAACACAGAGGCCAGUGCCCUUGACUUACUGCUGGGAGUCAUCAUAUCCUAAAAAACAAACAAAAAAAACAAAAAAAAACAAACCAAAAGACUCGUCUCUUUGAAAUUUAAUGAAGAGUUUUGGCUUCAGUGGAAUUCUAAUAAUUUUCUUUCAAGAGUCAGUGUGAUACCUUGUAAAAAAUAUAAAUAUAUGACCUGUGGGGUUAACACCCUUUUUUUCUGGACAGAAUAACAGUGACAUACAUUCAGCUGCUGACUUGGUGUAAUCCUUUAUCCGCUUUCUUAUUCACCACACACCCAAAUCCAAAAUGCAUCAUCACCAUUAGUAAUACACACUUACUUCCUUGAACCGGGGCGGGUUGUUUUUUUUUAUUCUUAUUUUUUUAUUUGCUUUGUUGGAUUUACUAGUACUAAGACACUAGGACUAUUGUUGAGUGACUGCAACUUUUGCUGCUUUAAUGUAGAAUAAAGAAAGAGAACAUU